GUCCCAACGACACCUGAGACAUCGGCAGAGGAGGUCUUGGGGGUGAAGCAGGGCGCUGGAACCGAAGAGGUGAAGGCCGCGUACAAGAAGAAGGUGCUGACCUCACACCCAGACAAAGGUGGCGACUCCGAAACCUUCAGCAAGAUCCGAGACGCGUACUUGACACUCACGAGCAAGCUGAACCCCUUGGAGGUGACCACCUGCCGGGGUCUACCUGAGGCACCUCAGAACGACUUCCAACUCCGAAAUCAUCAGGCGUUGGUGCGUGAACUCUUUGAAAAGGACGGUGUGGACUUGGAUCAGUCACUGAGGAGGCAAGCGCAGGCUCUUGAUGAGCUUGGGCUCCGUGCAAAGAACCUGGGCGCGGUGAAUCAGAACGAGCGCGGGGAGGACAUCUUCAAUCAAUGCUUCUACCUGGCACUUGCAAGGUCUUACUUGGGCAGCGAUUCAGACAGCCUCAAAGACACUGCCUUGAACCUCAAACGCACCAUCGAGGCAUCAGUUCUCCAAGCUCAUCCUGAAUGGAGUAACAGCCGUGUGGGGGAGGAUGUACAGGCAUUUAGCGAUUUCCUCUUCUAUGUCCUGGGGACGCAUGCCUUGUUGAGCGAGUUAAGUGUGGCUGUCUUCGAUGUGACCAGUGGUGGCGUCGAAUUGUACAUAGGCGGGGUCUGGAAACUGGCAGGCGACAAAUGUAGAUGAUUUGGACAUAAUUGGACUGGUGUUUUAGCAUGUGUUCAAGAAUCAGUGUUCUCCAAACAUCUGGC